ACCGCCUGAAGAAGGACACUGGCAUCUGGAGGAUUAGCCUCACACCAAAGUUGGCCAAAGAGCUUGAGGAGGGACUGUGGGGCUUCCCAGACGUCACCUCUGGUGCUUACAUCAUGGACGUCUUCGGCUGGCCUCCCGCCAAGGCAUUCAUUCGGCAAGAUGGGAGCGAAACAAACUUGUUGGUGCCGUUUGGAGAAAACUGAUGCAGACUUACCCCGGUGGAGUGGAGAAAAGGAGAAGACGGCUUCUGACAGACUGGCCCAGAUUCCCAUGGUCCGCUCAGCUUGUUCCUGGAUCUCCGUCUUCUAUGGGGAGACCAAAAGCAACAACCCCAGCCUCAAGUCUCUGUGUGAGGGCCUGGAGAACAGCGUGACACUCCUCCGCUUGGUGGCUUGUCAGAAAGUGGCACCUGUCAUGACAAAACUCAAGCCACAAAGUGUCAGGAGUAAGGUGCUGGAGGUCCAGGAUGCAAUGAGCAUCGUGGCCUACGGAACUAUUGAGUGCGUGCAGUAUGCGGUCACAUGUGUCAUGGCCAUGGUGCAGCAGUUGAAUGACCUGUCGCUGGUGGGGAGGGCUGUCAGCGUGUCCAGCAUGGGACUGGACCCAGCGCUGAAUAUCUCAGAGGCUCUGGUGGAGCGAGUGCUUCCUCCUACAGAUGACGAAAAGAAAGACGCAGACGGCCUGGUGGAAGAAUUUCAAGCAGAUGCGAUCAGACGUUACUCCGUGAGACUGCUGACAGUCUCCAUCACACUCUGCAGGAGAACCAUUGAGAUGGCUCGAGUCAAGAUGCAGCCUGCUCAGAUCAUGGACGCCUUGUCCACAUCGCCAGGCCGUCUUUGGGUCGUGCAGACAAGCUGGCUGGUUGUGGCGUGGAGUCUGGAGCAACUGCCCCAAUGUGUGCAGCACCAGAUUGUGUCUGCCUUUUUCCUUAUUGCACAACAGUACAUCAAGGCCACCCAGCAGAGUGAGUCCAUCCAUGAUACAAUUCAGUGCGUCUGUGCAACACUGGUUACCCCCAACACCACAAAAGAUGGUCAAGAAAAACUGGAGUGAGAAGACCUGCCAGCAUCUCAGUGUUUGAGAGCAGAUGUAUGGGGAAAGGAAGUGGGAUGUAGCAUUGAUGUAGGUCACAAUGAGUGAUUAAUUAAAUUAACAAAGCAAAUUGGCACUUGAAGAAUCUUGACUUUCACAAUCACCAAUUUAAUUUUAAAUGUGUGGGUUCAGCGACGUGUUUUGAAAUUGUUUCCAGACAAUCACUUUUUUUUUUAUAAACUGAAAAACAUUUGUAAUGUACACCUUCAGGAAAUGUUCCGUUUUCUUGUAAAAGUCUGACCACCUCCUGGUGAUGUUGGGUAUAUCUGUAUAAUCCUCCACCUUGGCAGUCAAAUUCAUUCAUUCAGCACAGUAUAAAACUCUUGUAUUUUACUUGUUUGUUCAUCUAGCUUGUAUAUCAAAGUAAAAAAAAAAGAAAAAGGCUGUCUAUGCCUUACCGAAAGGACAGCAUCUUCCAGCUCACACACAGCAGACCCCUUCACGAUGCAUCAGUACUGCAAGUGACUGACAUUUGUGUAUUUACCGAUUAGCAAGAAUGUCACACUCUACUUUAAAGCAGUGUGGGUAUUUAUUUUUGAGGAAAAUAAAGAAUUUGGCUCCACAAGGCCUUUAUCAACCAGUUGAAACUGCUCUGGUAAGGAUCAAACAACUUACAUUUUGAGCAAAAGGUUACUUUAUUUGACUUUUGAGAGUUCAUUUUUGGCUGGACUCUGACUUGGAUGUGGAUGCCCUCAGAGAAGAAAGGCGGCGCCUCUUGGCAAUCUGUUCCUGGCGCUUCUCUUUGGCUUCCUGAUGGUGGAAAGAAAGUUAUGUUUACAUUUUUAUUUUUCCCACAAAUGUGUUGAAUGUAGUAGGUUUUCUGCAUUAUUGUAUCAGUGGGUCAUGUCACAAAACUUAAAUGGGACUGUUCAAGCAUUAUAUCCCACCCUAACCCUGCUCAGAGCACAUAAGCCACGCCCCACAUAACAAUUUAUGUCGCUGUCAGCUAGUGAUUUGGGAAAUAGCUACUAACAUUAACCAUCAUUGAAUGUAUUGCCUAUCACUACAGAAAUGCAAAUUUUUGGUCGCUUCGCUGAGACUGCUUGUGUGCGCACACACAGUGGACAUGUACAUGAAUACAAGACCCGUGAGUGCCAGCCACAGAUGUCACCUUAUUCUGCCCAAAUUUAAGUGCAAAUUUUUGUAGUUUCAUUUGUAAUUGUGGAGA